AUGUCAUCUAUGGGACCAGAGUACUACAAUGACAACGGAGCUACCCUUAGCUCCAACCUUGAGUACUUCGCCAAGCCUUACGACGAAGCUCUGGAGUUUCUUUUGCUUAUGUUAGAUCCUACCUAUGAACUCGUUGAAGAGCCACUCCCAAAGAGGGGAGAAAGAACCUGUUGUGAAACAGGACAAUAUGCAGAUUUUCAAUACAAAUUGUUAUUCAUAAAUUCUCUAGCCUGGGAUAUCUUGCUGGUGAGUGAGGCUUGUUUUUUAAAUGUGGGUAUCGCCCGAGUGAUUUCGAAAGAAGCCGAUGAAAGUGUUUCCAAUGAAAAGCCUUCCCUAAUCUUCCACAGCUUAGGUAGUCUUUACAGGGCGAUCCUUAUAAUAGAAGUGUACAAAAUGCCUACAAUUGAGCAGUUUGGUUUAUAUACCAGGUUUAUAAUCUUAAAGAAAAAUGUCGAUGAUAUAAUCCGGGAGGGAUUUUAUAUGUUCUCUUUUUGGGCAACGUCAUUCUUCGCGGCAUACAAUGUUUUCCUCAGUUUACUGCUUAUUCCCAAACUUUAUGACCUUCACCAAGAUAUUCUCGAGAUGAAAUGUGCUGCAGUAAUGUAA